AUGGGUAGUUUGGCCCGAUUGGUAUCUGAGGAGAGACCUUUGGCUAGGGAUGUUCAGACUUUGGCAAACGGGAUGGUGAGACUUGAUAUUUCAGAUUCAGGUAGAGUUUUGGCUUGUGUUGAGGCGAGGUCGUCGCUUUUGGAUCAGAUUAAGGCACAACAGUUCGAGGAUGCUAAGUUGUGCAAGAUUCGUGAUAAAGUGUUGAGUGGAGAGGCCAAGGAAGUUACGUAUGAGCAUCAGAGACCAGGGGAUACGCUUCAGAGGAUGUCCAUUCCAGAGUGGAAGUUGACUAAGUCUGCGCACUUCAUUCCAGUUCAGAUGACCUACAAUGUAGAGAAGUUGGCCAAGAUUUAUAAGUUGGCCAAGAUUUAUAUCCAUGAGAUUAUUCGAUUGCAUGGAGUGCCAAUUUCCAUUAUCUCCGAUAGAGAGUUUGCGUAUAACAACAGCGAUCAUUCGAGUAUCGACAUGGCUCCAUUCGAGGCUUUAUAUGGGAGGAGAUGCCGAUCUCCGAUUGGCAAGUUUGAUGUUUUUGAGGUGAGACCUUGGGGUACCGAUCUUUUGAGGGAGUCAUUGUAUAAGGUGAAGUUGAUUCAAGAAAAGCUUCUGGCAGCUCAGGGUAGGCAAAAGGAGUAUGCGGACCGGAAGGUCCGAGAUCUAGAGUUCGUGGUAGGUGAGCAGGAGGAGCCGAUAGCCAUUUUGGAUGGGGAGGUUCCAAAGUUGAUUUCAAAGGAAAGAGCUUCGGUGAAGGUUCAGUGGAAGAACCGUCCAGUCGAAGAGGCUACGUGUGAGACCGAGGCGGACAUGCGCAGUAGCUAUCCCCAGCUUUUCACCCUGUCAAGUACCUUUCCUUCGUUUCAUUUCUUGUCCGUUCAAGGAUGA